UAAACUUGGAUAAAUGAGAAUAAUUCUAUCAUCAUUAAGCCAUAUGAAUCCUUCAAUCCUAGGUUCCAUUAUAAAACAUCAUUAAGGUGUCCAUUGGAGAUGUUUCAGUUUCAAAAGAAGUCUAAUCCUUUUGGUGAAAUUUUCUCAACUCAACGGGUUUGACAGAAAAGAGGCACUUGGAUCUUAUAAAAAGAGAAAAGUUCAUUGAUCCCUGGAUGCCCGCCGGUGCCCUCGCCCUGGCCGCACACGCAGACUCGAUGGCCAUCAGCUGACCCCUCCCGCCAGGAUGACGGUGAGAGAGCGGCUUCGGCAGAACAUCUCGGCCGCCUUCUACCGGCACGGCCUGCUAUGCGCCUCCUACCCGGUUCCCAUCAUUCUCUUCACCUCUGUCAGCAUCCUGACCUGCUGUUACCCUCUGCUGAAGCUGCCUCUGCCAGGAACAGGGCCUGUCGAGUUCACCACUGGAAUACGAGAUUACUUGGUCCCAUCCCAUGAGUCUCAGGGCGAUCUGUCGGAGCACCCUGAUUGGUAUCGGGGUCCUCCGGUGGCUUACAUACAGCAGGUGUUGGUCAAGGCAGCGGUCUCACCAUGGGACAACAGUCUGGUUCCUGUGGACGUGUUCCGCUCUCCCCUUGGGCGUGUUUUCAGUCUUCUGGAGGAGAUCAGAAACCAUGUUUACACGGACAGAAGUUUGGAGGCGCUGUGCUUGCAGGUGACGGACCUGUUGCCAGGGUUGCGGCGCAUGCAGGCGGUCCUGCCAGAGCACGGCUGCCUGCUGGUAUCCCCUGGCAACUAUUGGCAGAAUCGGCGUGACCUGUUUGAUGCAGAUCCAGACCUCCUGAAGACAGUCCACCAACAUGAACCCAAAGGCCUUCAUACUUCAGCCACUCUGAGAGACUUACUCUUUGGUGUCCCGGGGAAGCAGACGGGUGUAAGCCUGUACGGCAGGAAGAGAGUGGUGACAUACACCAUCACAAUUGCACUAAGCUCCUAUGAUGCAAGGUUUGUAGCUAGUCUCCGAGCCCGUCUGAAACAGCUUCAUCCUUCAGCGAACUCGACUCUGCGUGAAGACCACAUGGUGCACGUUCAUUUCAAAGAGGAGAUUGGCAUCGCUGAGCUCAUCCCUCUUGUCACCACCUAUAUCAUCCUCUUUGCUUAUAUCUACUUCUCCACCCGAAAGAUCGACAUGGUUAAGUCCAAAUGGGGCUUGGCGCUGGCUGCUGUUGUGACGGUUCUCAGCUCUCUGCUCAUGUCUGUGGGACUCUGCACCUUGUUUGGCCUGACGCCCACGCUGAAUGGAGGGGAAAUCUUCCCUUACCUUGUGGUGGUAAUUGGUUUGGAGAAUGUCCUUGUCCUCACCAAAUCUGUUGUCUCAACGCCUGUUGACCUUGAAGUCAAGCUGCGAAUUGCUCAAGGUUUAAGCAAUGAGAGCUGGUCUAUCAUGAAGAAUAUGGCCACUGAACUGUGCAUCAUUCUCAUUGGAUACUUCACAUUUGUACCAGCAAUUCAGGAGUUCUGUCUGUUCGCUGUGGUCGGUCUGGUGUCCGAUUUCUUCCUCCAGAUGUUUUUCUUCACCACUGUGCUGUCUAUUGACAUUCGCCGCAUGGAGUUGGCUGACCUGAACAGGCGUCUCCCGGCCGAAGCGGGUAUGCCUCCUCCUAAACCGGGCCCUUUACGUCCACGAGAGACACCUCCUCCGCCCCGCCCCUCUCCCCACACGAUCACCCUGCAGGCUCCUGCAUUCCGGAACCUGCGCUUGCCCAAGAGGCUCAGGGUGGUUUACUUCUUAGCCCGUACUCGCCUGGCACAACGGAUUAUCAUGGUUGGCACUGUUAUCUGGAUUGGGAUUUUGGUCUACACGGACCCUGCUGGUCUGAGGACUUUCCUUGCUGCCCAGGUGUCAGAGCAGAGCACUCUUGGGGAGGCGGGGCUUCCUCCUCACCUGGGCGUGGCUCCAGUAUUUCCUGGUGGAGACCCAACCAGCACACUGAGCGUGCUCCCUGCCCCUGAACCCACCCCUCUACCAGAGAACCAAUCACAGGGCCACCGAGCAGCCCGCCCAGGAGUUGCCCCCGUCUUCAGUCCCCAGAUUACUUGGGGCCCUGAGGAUGAGGAGCUAUGGAGGCGGCUUUCCUUCCGUCACUGGCCCUCACUCUUUAACUACUACAAUAUCACUCUUGCAAAGAGGUACAUCAGCAUUCUUCCAGUCAUCCCCGUCACGCUCCAUCUCAGCCCACAAGAAGCCAUAGACACACGUCACCCCCAGGAUACACACCAUGCUCCUCCUCCCAGCAUCAAGACCUCCGAUCUGCAGACAGACUUCACGCUCUACAAGGUGGCAGCUCUUGGACUUUUCGCCGGUGUGGUGUUAGUACUCUUACUCUUCUGUUUGUAUCGUGUCCUUUGCCCUCGUAACUACGGGCAGAACGGUGUGCCCCAUGGUCGCCGUCGCCGUGGAGACCUGCCCUGCGACGAGUACGGUUACUCUCCACCCAUCAGUGAAAUUUCCCCUCUGCUGCUGAGAGGCCACAGCAUGGACAUUGAGUGUCUGGCUAGUGAUGGCAUGCUGCUGGCCAGCUGUUGCCUGGCGGGACAGAUCCGUGUGUGGGACGCACAGACAGGAGACUGUCUUACUGUUAUACCCAACAAUGGUCUGCGCAGGAGCAGCAGCAGCAGUGGUUUUUGGGAGCAUCGUGACGGCUGGGAUCACAUGGGUGCUUGUGAGGCCGAGGGCUUCCUGGGAGCAGACUUUCGGGAACCAGGAGGAGCUAUGGGAGGGCCAGAUGUAGAUAUUUUUCCAAUAAGGAGGAGGACCACUCCUGCACACCCUGCACUGUUUGGGGACCAGCCAGACCUCACCCCACUCAUCGACACUAACUUUGGGACUUUGCCCCCAUCUCAUGCUGUGGUCAACAACUCUGGCUUUGACUUUGGGGGACUUGUGGAGAAAGCGUACCAGGAGCAUGAGCCCUCGCCAACACUGGCCUUCCCCCCUUCUCCUCCAGCUUCACAGCAAAGGCGACGUAGCCUUGGGGACCAGCCUGUCUUACCACCAGAGCUCCCCUCGCAGAGCAGUGGCGACUGGGACAGCUCAGUGUGGGCCAUGGAGCUAAGGGGCAACCUCAUUGCCACGGGCCGCAGCAGCGGCAAACUGGAGCUGUGGGAUGCGGUAGAAGGAUCAUUACGAUGCUGCAAUGAAGAUGGAUUAUCUGGAAUCACUGCCUUGGCUUUUCUUAACAACAGAAUUGUGGCGGCCCGUUUAAAUGGCUCACUGGAUUUCUUCACUGUGGAGAUCAACAAGCCUAUCGGGUUGCUUCAAUAUCGCGGACCCCCAGGCCGAGGCAGUCUGCCCCCCUCUUCCUGUUACAGCAGUGAGGAUGUGAUCAGCUGUCAGCUGACCCGCUCAGUGCAGUGUGCCCACCAAAAACCCAUCACUGUGCUCAAAGCAGCCGCCGGCAGGGUCGUCACCGGCAGCCAGGACCAUACAGUCAGAGUGUAUCGUUUGGAGGAUUCUUGUUGCCUCUUCACCCUGCAGGGCCACUCAGGUGGUAUAACUGCCAUCUACAUAGACCAGACCAUGGUUCUAGCCAGCGGGGGCCAAGACGGAGCCAUCUGCGUGUGGGACGUCCUAACAGGCAGCCGAGUGAGCCACGUGUACGGUCACCGUGGUGAUGUUACCUCAUUGGUUUGCACAACUUCCUGUAUCAUUAGCAGUGGGCUGGAUGACCUCAUUUGCAUUUGGGACCGUAGCACAGGCAUAAAGCUGUACUCCAUACAACAGGAGGUGGGGUGUGGGGCCAGUCUGGGGGUGAUCUCUGAAAGCCUGCUGGUGACAGGAGGACAAGGUUGCGUGUCAUUUUGGGACCUGAACUACGGAGACCUGCUGCAGACGGUGUACUUGGGACAGAGUAGCGAAGGUCAGAGCGUCAGGCAGCUUCUGGUUCUGGACAAUGCCGCCAUAGUCUGUGACUUUGGUAAUGAGCUCAGCCUAGUCUACGUGCCCUCUGUUCUGGAGAAGCUGGACUGAACACACACGCACGCAAACACCAGCCCACAGAUUUAGAAAAAUGUCAGAUUGGCCGGCACAAAAGCACUCGCCCUUUAUCGACCUGUAUCACUGCAGGUUCAUUGCAGAAAGAAUGGCGUUUCUUGUGUACCGCCCUACACUUAGUAGGACGGGAGUGGGCACUUUUUACCACAUCUGAACAGGAUAUCAUUUAAAACCUGAUCCUACAGUGUGCAGCAGGCCUCUGGUGCUCCAUCAGAGCAUUUUCACAAAAGAUUCUGUGUAUGAAUUCAGACAGAAUUACAAGAGGGUAGUGCGAAAGCUGCUUACAGCGAAAGGUGGCUCACUUGGCCUGCCUUAAGGUGUGUGUGUGUGUGUGGUAACAAGCUCAUGGUGAAAAUGCCAGUCUGCCCAGCCCUAGAACUCUCAGCUGUGUGCCAGUUGGAUGUAAGAGAGUUCACAAUAAUAUGUUUGCAGGGCGAGAGGAGGAGCGAAAGCUGGUCGUCGGGGUAGAAAAAGUUUUAGAUCUUUCCUGCUGAAAGGAGUGUCUUUGUGUACAACUGUGUUUGAGUGUUUGAAUCUAAUGAAAGCUGUUAAGAAAUCUUCAGGUUGUAUUUCACCCCAUAAUCAAAAGAAAGAGCAAAACUUGAAGAUCUUAGUAAAAGCAUAGAAGUUUCAUAACCUUGCACGAAGACAAAAAUAACUAUUUUGGUUUUAUUUUAGGACCAUUUCGUAAUUUAAUAAACCUGCCUAAAAUAUUGUCACCCCCUAUUGUAAUUUGUAAAGAAAAUGUACUUUAUUUUCAGUACAGCUGUAAGUAUAUUUACAUUAUAAUAGUAUUUGUUCAUACUGAAUUUAAUUUAUGCAAAGUUUUACAAAAAUUGUGUCCGUUCCCCCCCCCCCCCCCCCCUUCACAUUAAAUUAAAGAGAAUUUAGGAGGGGAAGUUUGCUUAUUUGUCUCAAAAUCUCACUGCAAAUAAUCUUUAUGAAUAGACUUUCUUUUUGCAACGUAUAAUUUAUUUUCUUUUGAUUUUGGGGUGAAACAUUGAACCGGAUGCUAUGUUUCUGUGAGUGGUUGUGUUUUCAAGAUGAAUGCUGUGUACGUCUGAAAUUAAUCUCUGGGUUUGGGAUCUCUUUUUAAUAUUGAAAUCAAUUAUUUAUUAGUGAAAUUUCUAACAAUUUGUAUAAAACUUGGCUUCGAGAUGAGUUAAAGUGGAGACGUGGUCAUAAAUUUUAAUAUACGAGAAAAGCUUCGACUAACUUAUACUAUGAUAAUAUGAUUAAAGUAUAUUGAUUAUUACUGACAGACGUUUUGGUUUUGUUGUAGUCUAUGUUCCCUUCCUAGGGCAGCAAGCCAGAGAAAAGAGAUGUUCUCAUUCCAGCCCUGCCUUAUUAAACAUGAGAGAAAUGCACAUAUCUGUUUCCUGGACGAAUAUUUAAAACGGUUCAUUACUACCUGUACUCCAGGUGUGUUUUAACUAAGCCGUCAGUACGAAUCACCCAAAGUCACACAUUUAAUGUUUGGUUCCCUUCUGUGCUGGCAAAGUGAUGGAUAUGGCUGCUUUUUAACAUUAGAUGUGUAUAUUUUUUUUAUUUUUCCUGUUUUGAAAAGUGUUUGUGUUUUUAGAGCAGUUUACAGGUUUCACUGAGAUUAUGUUGACCAGUAGUUGUUACUGUACGUUGUGUGUGACGACACAUUAGUGUAUCCAGUCCUGCCCUGCAGAUCCCACACAAAAUGUGUGCAUUGGUUUGGCCUAUUUUUAAUACAGACAUAUCAAUAUAUUUUGGAUGUGUUAGUAGUACUGGGACAAGACAAAUGCAUACAUUUGGUGUCCUGGGAAUUGAAAUUGUAUUAUUAAAAUGCACUGAGAGACUUCUUUAGUUUUAUUAGACGGUAGCAGAGAUUCAUUUUCUAUGCGUAAUUUAAGUUUUUCUGCAUGUGCAUUCCGCUGACUUUUUUGUUGUUGCAUUCUGCAUUUUGGCUUAUGAUUUGGUGAGAAAUUAUACCAAAGGUGUCCCCAUUUUCCAUGCAAAUGAGUGUUAAGUGGUUUUUACUGCACUUUAAAGCAUCAUGAUUCAAAUUGAAGUUUUAAAGAUGAAUAAAAAAUAUUUAUAAACUUUCCCCCUAGAUUUUCUUCAAUUAAAUCAAGGCAAAAGCAUUGAUUAUUCUUUUGACAACUACAGUCCCUUAAACCAAUGAAACCAGAUUUUUGGUCGCUCAGGGCAACCAGGAAAAUGAUUUCCAUCUGAUUAUGUGGGGAAUUUCCAUGCAAGUCAACAGAAAUGCAUGCUAGUCAAUUAUUAGCCAUGUUUUACACAUAUAAAUAUUAGUUAAUAAAUUUGAUGUGAAACUACACUCUUCAAACCACGAAGUAGCAUUGGUCAAAACAAUUUUGCUUUUUUCCUGUUUGUUUUGUUGAGGGUUUUUCUUUAAUGUUUGUGCAUUUUUCAAUGGAUUUGUGGCAUUGAUAUGACUGAACUUUCAUAAGACCCACUGGUCUUACAGAUUGUGCAGCUGUUAUGUGUAAAGCAUGGAUGCUCAAAUCUUGUUAAAACAUGAGAGACAUAGCAAAAAGCAAUCAUUUUACCAUGAGGAAAUGCUAUGUGGCCAGUUAUCACUAAAGAACAAUUGUAUGGCUAGCAGCUCUUAUCUAUUUAUAAGAGUGGUUAGAACUUAUCUUUUUUUACCUUCUUGUUUUUAGGUAUCAGAUAAUGAGAUUAAGCAUUAACCACAUGAGAACAGAGUGAUGAGAGAAGACAAUGACCAUACUGAAAAGCAUUUUCUUAAUGGCAGGGUGGCUGCUAAAUACAAUGGCCGCCAUUUUAGUUGUCUAUAUUGUGAAGAGUGAAAUAGCACCAAGCUCCAUUGUGUUCAUUUUAACGCCCUUUCUCCCUUUUUAGAGGAGCACAUUCCUAGACAUGAUUCAAUAUGUGCGGUAUUCAAGUGAAGUACUGGAUCUUGGACUUGCUGUAUCUUACUGCUGCUGAAGUAGAAAUGGGGUGGAGAAUUUUUAAAAUGAUGUGAAAUGCCUGAAUGUUGCACUGUUUCUUUAGAUGGGGAGGGGGCAGAGAGAGACUGUGUGUAAAUAUUGCUCUGUCUUUUUUGGGCCUGCUCUGCCCUCUUCUGUCUUUCCUGAAUACACUACACAGUGUAACCAGACAGUAGAGGAUGUAACUAAUGCUCUGUUCUAUUUUUAACACAGGAAAAACAAACUUUGUACUAAUUUGCAAAUAAAAAGGCUUUCAUACAUUGUA